AUGGUGCUUUACGGCUACGAUGCAUCGGUGUACAACUCCGUCCAAGGAUCCACCAACUGGGUGACUUACUUCAAUGAACCGGAUGCAAACGUGAUUGGGGCUGUCAACACAGCAUACACUGUCGGCGCCAUUUUCGGGGGCUUUUUCCUCGGCGGCCCAAUUGCCGACUUCUUAGGUCGGAAGCUUGGGAUGGGUAUUGGCUGCGUGUUGGUAAUUGCAUCAACGUUUAUGCAGACGUGGUCUCCUCGUGGGAAUAUCGGGUGCUUCCUUGCUGGGAGAUGUAUCAUCGGUAUUGGACAGGGGAUUGCCUUGACGUCGGGUCCGAUCUACAUUGGCGAGCUGGCACCAGCGGAGAUUCGAGGGAAAAUUAUGACAUUUUGGCAAAUGUUCUAUUCGGUGGGAUCUUUUAUCUGCUUCUGGGUGAACUAUGGCUGCACUCAACACAAAGAAAAUCUCGGUGAAUGGGAUUGGAAAAUGGUUGUCCUUUUCCAGCUCCUGGUUCCCAUCUUGAUUCUCGUCCUGUUGCCGACUAUUCCCGGCUCGCCACGAUGGUAUAUCCAGCGUGGAAAUAACGUCGAAAAAGCCCGUGCCGCUCUUGAAAUGGUUCGAGAAAUAGCGGAGGAAGUAGAAGACGAGCUGCUGAAAAUCCGGGAGGCCCUCGAAUACGAGAGGGAGGCUAUAUCCAGUACCUACUCGGCCCUUUGGAAGGACAAGUCCCUGCGCAAGCGUAUGGCUCUGGCUCUGGUUGUCAACGCCGGUCAGCAAGUCACCGGACAGGGGACGUUGAAUACGUACUCCACCAAAAUCUACCAAAAGGUAUUCACCAGUGCCGGCCAGAUAGCCCUCAUCAACGCACUCAACGCCACAUUUGGUAUCCUCUUCACGCUGAAUGCUGUUUGGAUCAUUGAUCGAUUUGGGCGAAAGUUUCUCCUCAUCAUUGGAGGCAUCGGUAUGGGGAUCUGCAUGAUCAUUGUCUCCGCGGUUGAGACAGAGACCGCAUCACCCGGUGGCACAAAAACCCAGCCAGUCGGGAUCUCGAUUGUGUUUCUACUAUUUCUAUUCAUAUUCUUCUACAAACCAUCCUGGGGCGCCACGGUAUGGAUCUGGACCUCGGAAAUCUUCUCUAUGAACGUGCGAGCACAGGCAGUGGGAAUGGCAUCGCAGACGCAAAACGUCGCCAAUGCCAUCUUCCAACAAUUCUUCCCCAUCUUCCUGGAUAAUUGCGGUUUCUAUGCGUUUUACAUGUUCGCCGGUAUCAACUUUCUGCUCGCCGUGUUUGUGUUCUUCUUUAUCCCUGAAACCAAGCAGGUUCCUCUCGAAGAGAUCGAUGCCCUGUUCGGUGGAGCUAAUCAUGUUACGCAUGGCGAGGAUCUCAUCGGGAAUGAGAAGGAAGUUGAACCUACGUAUUCGGAUGCUGGUGCAAAGAGGUCUUGA